AUGGACAACGGCAGUUUCGAAGUUCUCGUCGAAGAGCGUCUCCUACCGAACGACGAUCUGGAGAUGUCGCCUCCAGAAAACUCUGUCUUCAAGCCCACAACAUUGAAGUCCUCAGUUCGCCUCACAUCAGCUACAAUACUGCUAGCUACCAUUGUCUCUUUAGAAGUCACGCUGAGACUGUCCAAAAGCGGCCAAGGACUCGGCGACGUCCCUCUCAACAGCAAGGCCCUCAGCUACUUGUGGACCGCACUACCUGGUCUCAUUUUUACUCUAAUCAGGAUGUACUGUUCAUCAGUAGACUUCGAUACACGUUCCUUGGUCCCACUGCUUCACCUAGCCAGAGGCUCAAAGUUCCAAUCAUCUCUUAGUCUCGAUUUGGUCAACAAACAUACUUUUCUGCUACUCUACGAAGAACUGAAGACGAAGAGCUUCGAAGCACUAGCAUCGACGUUAGCGGUCACUUUGGCAUCCUUCUUGACAAUCUUCUCUACCGGCCUUUUCACCUCCGCUGUCGUCACCAGACACGGAUCAACCGAGCUGAUCGUAGCCAGGCCAAUAUGGUAUAAUACAAAAGGUACCGCUGCCAAAUUUGGAUGGUCAGACCACUCACUGGAAUCCGCAGCCAUCAUCCUAGCCAGCAAUGUAUCUUAUCCAUCUUUCACAUACGAGGAUCUGAUUCUACCAACCUUGGAAGUGGACCGGACCUUCCUAUCCGCCCACUCAAAUACUUCAGCCAUCGAGUUCAGCACUACUCUUCUCGCUGUACGAUCGUCCUUUGCACAAUGCCGCAUUUUCAAUGGCUCCCAAAUUCACGGCGAUUCAUCUGAGGUAUUAUACGUCUCAGCACUGGCUUGCAACGAGUCCGUGGAAACUGUUGAGGUAGAAGCUGUGUUAUUUGGUCCUGAUUUGAUCAUAAAACCGAGCCGGCCCCCAAUACCGCAUCAGUCGGCUGCAAGUAGUGUGGACGCGCAAGGCUGGUUCCUACCAGAAAAUGAUACGACGGCCUACGACCCCUAUGACGGCCUCCCACGACUGUCCACAAAUACGGGAGAUAGUUCAUUCGACACGUUUUACACAUUACUUACCACAUCACGCUAUGCGAUCCCACUGGAGAUGCUCGGCAACAAAUCUCACGCUUCGACUGUGGCGGAGGCGAUCAAGUUUCAUCACAGAAUCAUAGCCGCUCAGAGCAUUGCAAACCUAUACCACGUCCCAGAAAACAUCAGAACCAGGCGCGACUCGACGUACAAGAUAGUCCCAGGCACCAACGACACCUCCUCGUAUAAUGCUACCAGCUCAGUACCCUCGGACCGCCCGCGAGUGGUCCAAAACGAGUUCUCAACUCGGGUCCUUCAAAGCCUGCUUGUCGGAGCCCUCAUCUGCCUUCUGGCGAACUGGUAUCUCAUACAUUUGGCUGGAGGAUGCGGCGUGGUUCCAAGGAGUCCCAAUACGAUCGCUAAUGUUGCCGCACUUCUUGCUGACGGCAACCUGAUCGAGCUCUCGCGCUCGGUCGACUCCCAGUCGCUUGACUUGCAAACAAUCAGAGAUCACUUGGGUCGAGAUACUGUCUUCCGGCUGGGCUGGUAUGACAUCUCUGGGCGCGAAGAGAAGGUCUAUUGCAUUUAUGCCGAUGUUGGGUCUCGCAUUGUUGAUUCAUCGCAACACGUAGAUGAGUCUGAAGAAGGGGCGACUCAGGAUGAUGCUAGACUAUAA